UGAUCAUGAAUAAUCAAGUGUAUUUGUUUUCGUUUUUGGUUAUGGUCUACAGUCUGUUGUGGUCUAAUUCUCUUACAGCCUACUUUUAAAUGCGAUAAUAUUAAAUUAUAUAAUUAGUAGGAAUUAAAUCUCCAACAUCUUAUUGUCAAUACUAGUAGUAUUGCCACUCAAUAAUUGUCAGUGUUUAGGUUACCUAUAAUGUUGAAGUUUAUGUAAUCAUGAAAUUUAAUGAUAAGGAAAUUGCAACUUUGAGUUUGGGAGAUGCAGAUUUUGAAGGACGACUGAAUUAUUUAAAAACCUCCAGCAAUAGUUUUUCUUCGAACAGUGGAAAUUUCAAAGAACGAUGGUUUAAGCUCAAAUGCAAUCUCCUCUUCUAUUUCAAGUUGAAUGAUCUUGGGCAAAUUGAUGUGAAACAGCCAGCAGCUGGAGUUUUUGUUCUUGAGAACUGUCGUGUCCAGUCAGAACUGCGCAGUGGACUACAAUUUGCAUUUUCAAUGACAUUCAGCGAUGAUCCUGAGAGGAAACAUCUGUUUACUGCCCGAACUGAAGACACAGUUCAUCAAUGGGUUUCAGCAAUAAGAAAUGCCACGUACGAGCAUUUACGAUCCAAGUCUAUAGUUCUUCAGGAGAAAAUCAACCAUCUGACAGGGAAGGAUCCGCUACUGAUGUACCCCAGAAACCAUGGAACAAUAAGGAAUUUGGAAGAGGAUAGGGAGGAGCUUUCGCUACCAAAGGCUAUCAUUUCGUCGUUUCAGAGUCAUGUUUCUAUGGGAGCUUCUUCCCUAGUCACAGAAGCAAAUCUAAUUGAUCUGUAACUAUUAUUCUUUAACAAAUAUUGUUUGUUCAUUUCGUUGCAAAGCAACUAGCUUUACUGUUCCUCUAGUUUAAGUUGUUGAGUAUUUGGUCCAGGUGAAACCAACUGUAUUCAACUACCGUAGUUUUGUAGAGGGCGUGCUAGUAAAACGGGAAGAUAUACGAACCAUUAAUAGUUAUUACAUUAUAGAAAAAUAUGAUCGUGUUUAAAUUCCAAUAAGAUGAUAGCCUAUAUAACUUACCGCCAAACAAACUCCUUAUUCACUGACUGGAAUUGUUUCAAUCUGUGUCGUUACAAAUGAGUCAUCAUCUCACAUAUUGAUACUAGACCUACAGCUAUAAAUGAAUGCUUCAUUUUAAAUUGACAUUUUAUCCGAAAUUCCACUUUUUUGGUUUAUGUUAGUAGGCGCAACAACAUCACAUUUUCCCGUUUCACUGGUCGACUGUGAACAAUGGUGAAUGAAAUUAUUGAACUUAGAUCUGGAUUACAAAAACAGUGCUUCUUCAAUUUUGAAAACGUAAAAUAUACAUUAUUUACAGAACUUUACAGAACAAUUGUGAUCAUUUAUGAAUUAGUUUUAUUGUUAGCGUGUAGGCCUGGAGACAGAAACUUAAAUUUAGGGUUAGGUAUGAUUGUGUUCAGCUGUCUUAUCCCUUAUACAGUACGGUACAUGAAGAUAUUCUAUGUUUCAAUCUAAAUGAAGACAGUUGGUAGCGUUUAAGAUUCAUGAAGAAUGAAUGUAAUGGUCAGAUAGUAGGUAGUUUUCAAAGUUUCGCAACACUUCAAUAUCUGCUUUAUUCGUGUUAGUAAAUAAAAAAAAUUAUGAUAAUUAGUUGGGUAGGUACUCACUACAAGUUUUUCAUAAUAUUACAAUGGCAUUACAAGUCUUCGUUUAUUUUAUUGUCUGUUCAACAUUAUUUUUUAUGAUAGCAGAUGUAAAAACGUUUUUUGAAACACACCUAAACCGGUCGGUACAUUCACCUCUCAUUGAUCAUCUCAUCAAAGCACCCAUUAUACCCAUGUACAAGUCUAGGGCUCAUGUGGGAAUCAUCCUCAGCAAAUACUUAUAAUCUAAUCGAAACAAAUUCAAGAAUUUUAAUAAACAUUUUUUCCGAAAGCUAAAAUAUUACUAGGUCUAAGCCUGGACAUGAGUUAUAAAUUCUACGGUGAAAAACAAACUACCUAGCUUAUAUAUUUUGUGAAAAAUUCAGUACAAAAUACGGUAAGGAUGAUGGAAAAUUUAAUAGUAAAUUAGUAGAAGUUUGAUAUCAAUGAGGGCAGUAGAUUAGAUAGCGGUUUAGUUACAUUACACAGUCUUACUGUACUAGAACGUUUUCGAACAGUGGUAGAGUUACAAGCAGUUCAUUGAAUAUAUGACAAGUAUUUCUGGCUGCGAUAAGAUAUAUUGAGCGGCCAAUUAAGUAUUCAAUUCAAUGUAUUUGAUAAAAAUGGCAACGAAGACUGAAAUUUAUACAUGAAUGUAACGUGUAUCAAGUUUGUGUUCAGUAAAGUCAUGACUAUUUUUUAGCAUUUUAUAGUAUGAAAAAUUAGAAAACAUUUGUCAACUUUUCUUGAUAUAGUCAAGAUCUUAUAGAUCUGAUCAUAUGUGCAAUACAUUCAAGUAUCUGUACAGAGAUUUGUUAAUUCUGUGUAAAAAAUUACUUAAAUAUUAUUGUCAAGCUCAUUAUAUGUACGGUAUUACGGUUUCUAGAAUAAUUCCAGGAGUGCCUAGAGUUCACUUUUUCGAGCCCUUGAGUCUCCUCUUCCCAGGAAUCUCAAUGACACAAUCUGCGUCAUCCCCCCUCCCUGUGGGCGCCCCUGAUAUAGGGUUUUAUAAUAAUCAAUAGGUAGGCUACCUACUUUGAUGAUGUUAACUACCGGUAACAACGAAAAGCACUUUAUUCAAGUCUAAUCUUUCAUGAAAAAAUUUCCAGGACGUGACAUUUAAUUUUAAUAAAAAAUGGUUCAAUGCAAUUGCGCUGUACACAUUAAGUUUCUAGUCGAUAAAUAUUUGUUAACUUAUUUUGUCUUGUCUUGCUCAACUGAGAAACCAGGGAAAAGUAGUUAUUUUACGUUCAUUUUUAGCCUUAUAAACCAGUUUUCUAUGAUAUCGAUUUGGAUGCGGUACGAUACUGUAAUAUUUUCAUUUUACUAUUUAAAUCAUCAAGUUGAUUACGUUUAUUUUUGCACUAUGCAAUCACUAAUUACCUUAAAUUGAAUAGGUAUCUUACUUGUACGCUAUUAUCCUCAAUCUUAUUCAUUACUCUGAACUGCUUAAUUUGUAUUAAUGUUAUUUUGUCAUUCCGUCCCGUUAACUAGAUUGUUAGAUUAAUGUCAAUUACACCCAUCUUGUUAAGUUAUAUUAUUUAGUUUUGCUGAGAAGCUUGAAUAUAGGCCUACUCAUAGAUCUGCUUAAUUUGAUUGGACUAUAGUUGUAAACUUAAGACAUUCGUUUUAGUCAAUAUGAUGUAGCCUUUAAAACUAUGAAUAAAAAAUAUUUAUUUUCAACGAAA